AUGGAGCAACUGGCGCACUUUGUGACGAAAUCGUUCGACUUCAAUAACAGCCGUGUGCUGGACCUUCUCAACAUGACGGCCAGUGCAGGGCCAACGACGCAUCCCGAGUACGGUGCCCGGGCUGGGUCCGAUUCGGAUCUGCUCUCGAACACCAGCAGCAGUUUGGGUGGUGAUCUUGAGGAGGAAAUUCACACCCAGCGACUUGAACCGUUACAUCCGGUACGGCCGGGCUCGAGUGUCCUGUCCGUCGGGGGUGAACGAAGGGAUGAUCCUUCGAACGAGGACGAAGAAACGAUCGACAUCGAAAUUACGGACCUGUCGUACAGCAACCCGGGAGUCGGUGGAGGAACCACCGGUGUUUGUGAGAAUGAUGUGCCGAAUGGUCUCCCGAUGGGGGUUGUUAUGGGUCGGGACCAGCCUUCGGUGGUUGGUGGUGGGGUGGAACCGUACGGGAGGUUGGAAAAAUCCCCCGAACGCGAUCGUUCUCUGUUGCUGUUGAGCGGUUGCAAUAACAACGAGAAAAGCGUGACGAACAGGAACGAAAUCAGCGUGAUCCGUAAGUUUGACAAUAAACGGCCACACGAGGGGGAUGAUCGAUCGAGCGCGAGGAAUGUGGGUGUAUCACCUGUUAGUGGGGUGGAGUUGAGUCCGGGAAAGAGCAAAGAUGCGUUGAGAAGCACCAGCAGUACUAACAGCAGCAGCAGCAGCAUCAGUGAUGGCGUCAACGGAGCUGGGAAAAGUAGUGCCAAGCGGCACGUGCCCCGAAAUUGGCUUAUUGCUGAUUUGGUGGAUGAGAGCAAGGAAGAAAAAUCGAAAGAAGACGUUGCCUUAAAUCUCGUACGCUCGGAAAGUGACCCGAGAGUGGUCAACGGGUUCGAUCCCGUCGGUCUGCGUCCAAAACCCGCCUCGGAGCUGCUCAAACAAAGCGUCGACCUUAUCAACAGCCAUUCUUACAGCUCGGGCACGCUAAGCAACCAUUCGGGAACGGUUCACCAAGCGUUUUCCGGUGCCGACGGUGAAUCCGACACAGAAGCGCGAUUACCCCGAGAAUCGGUCACCCCCGACCAGGACGACUCGGGUGCGGAUGGUACGAGGGCUGGUUCGGCACCUCCGGCACCCAGCACCAGCCCAAGCGUGGAAAGGAUCAAAUCAACCCAUCCCACCGAACCUGCCCACGUGGCCAACGGUCAUGGGCCACUGUCGGCGUUGACGAACAACAAGCAGAGGCGUUCGAGGACCAACUUUACGCUGGAACAGUUGAACGAGCUUGAGCGGUUGUUCGAGGAAACGCACUAUCCGGAUGCGUUUAUGCGGGAGGAGUUAAGCCAACGGCUGGGGUUGAGUGAAGCCCGCGUGCAGGUGUGGUUCCAGAAUCGGAGGGCGAAAUGCAGAAAGCACGAGAAUCAAAUGCACAAAGGUAUUAUCCUUUCGAGCCACAGUCCUCCGGUCACAACUCCACUCGAACCCUGCCGGGUUGCGCCGUACGUUAACGUUCCUUCACUGCGAGCCGGAACGGUCGUGAAUGGUGGUGUUCCUCCCGGAAGUGGCCCGGGUUCGGGUGGUGCCGGCCUUCCUCCCACUUCUGCUACACCUGGUGCUGCGGCCGCAGCGGCAGCGGCAGCGGCGGCAGCUGCAGCCGCUAACCAUCGCUUUUCCGGGGCCGCCUUUUCUGCCUUCGAUUCCGCGUUCAUUUCGGCUGCGGCCCAUCAGUAUGCGGCCGCGCUGACAUCCGGUUCCGUCCCGGCGGGACUUUUCUCGCUGUCCCAGUAUCGCCCAGGGCUGGCCGCUGCAGCCGUUGCCACCCUGCCAGGAUUCACCGUGGCGCACGACAAAAACUCCAGCAUCGUCGAUCUGCGGUUGAAGGCGGAAAAGCACAAGGAAAACCAAAAGAAAAUUGUAAAUAAUGUGUCCUCGUAA